GUUCACAACAUUGAAAACUCACAUUUGUGUACAGGAAGGACAGGUCUAAAACAAGCACGUACGGUAUUUCGUAAAAACGACUCGUGAAAUUGACAUGUGCACCGGUCAAAAUGGCGUUAAUGUUUACUUCCACCCCCAGCAUCAGAAAGGCUGUAGGUCUGAUCAAUGAGGUUGAUCAAGGCAAAUUUCCAUUAGUUGUUUCUAGAAUUUUACAGAAAUUACAUUUAAAGGAUGAGAGAACAUUUUCCGAAGAUGAGGAAGAGAAGUUGCAAGGCACGCUUGGUAUGUCAGGACCAGAUCUUGAAUUACUGCUACAGACAUUGGAGUUUUUCCUACAACAGUCAGCUUACCACACAGCCAAGCCAGCAGCACUCUCUCAACAAUUGUCUCAACUAGGAAUGGAUCAAGACAAGGUUGAUGCCAUUGUUGAAUCAUGGACCACAAACGGACGGGAAGUUAUACAGAAUCUAAGACAAAGGACUCUAAUGCCGAAUCAAUUAACAGAUAUAAAUUGGAGAUUAAAUUUACAAAUGGCCCAAUCAACAGAAACUAAGCAGAAAUUACCAAAUGCUAUGUUUGAACUUGGUGUCCAUCGUGAAGGGCAGGAAGAUAAAGAAAAGAUACGAAUGGAGUUCACUCAUGAUGAAUUAUAUCAAUUUUACAACCAGUUGGAAACCAUUCAGAAACAGAUUGAUGGUUUAAUCUGAUGGUUUACACCAAGAUUAGAGGUAGUCCAGCCAAAUUCUUCUUACAGUUCAAUGUCUUGUUUGAAAUAUAUGUGGAACAAUGUUAAGCAAUGCAUUCCGGACAUUCUAUUUAACUUUGCAUAAGUAGAAAAGACAUUGUUUUGUUGUAGUAGGCUACAAACUUCUUGUAUUUGAAUACAUCCAAUUAAAUUAUUUGUAGAGCAUAAAUUAUUUUACAUGUGUCUUAGAGAUUUUAAUGUUUGUUCUCCUGAAAACUUGAUGUUUUUAGAUUUGCAUUUAUUGAAAUAUGAUGUAUUAUUUCACAGUAUUCUUUCCAAAAGUUUAGUGAUAUUGCUGUUAAGACAUACAUUAUUAGUUAUUAAAAUUUGGACAGG